CGAUUAAGCUAAACCAAAACAUAUAACAAUAGGAGAACCAGAAAGCCACACGCACAGGCUUUAACAAAGCCUUGUGUUUUGUGUGGUGGUGUAUUUGGUCUCUAAUCGUUUUUCACUAAAUUUUCAUCAAUUAAUCUCUACCAAUACAAUAUGACAUACUCCAUCAAGUUUCUUUUCAUUUGCACUCUCUUGCUCCUUGUCGUAGCUGAAGCCAAACACAAAAAGAAGAACAAACACAAAAAAUAUAGAGAUCAAAAUGAAGAUCCCAACCCAUUAUUAUUUCCUGGGCUCCCAUCCUUUCCCCAGUUUGAAGAACCCUUAGAUCAAUCACCACCUUUUCCUGAGCCACUACCCCUUCCUCAACUCCCACCUCUUCCUCAACUUCCACCCGUUCCCCUACUUCCACCCUUUGACUUUCCCUUAACACCUCUUGGAGGAGAUGGGGUUGAAGCCAAAGGUGAUUUUCAAGUAGGUUCCCUAGGGCAUUGGGAUCUCAUUUCUCAAAAUGCGGGGGUUUCAGCCAUGCACAUUAACUUGUUACCCACCAACAAGAUCAUCAUGUUUGAUGCCAAAAUAUACCGUGUCUCCAGAAUCAUGCUACCCAAGGGGGCACCCUGUGCUCCUUAUAGAGAUAUGGUGACUCAACAAGACAAAUUCGAUUGUUAUGCUCAUGCAGUGGAAUACGACAUUGAGACAAACCAAGUUAGACCACUCCAGGUAAAUGGUGGAGAUCCAUGGUGCUCUAGUGGAGGGGUUGCACCUGAUGGUACCUUUGUGGGUACAGGUGGUUUUGAUACAGGAGCGAGAACAAUUAGAUUCCUAGACCCUAAUUGCCAAGAUUGUCAAUGGAGGGAACACAAUGAUGUAUUGGCAGCGGAGAGAUGGUAUGCGACUCAACAAAUCCUUCCGAACGGGGAGUUCUUUUUGAUAGGAGGGCGAAAAUCGUUUAGCUACGAAUUUGUUCCAAAGGAAGGGCAACAGAGCCAAAAACCCUACUUCUUCCCAUUCUUGUACGAAACAUCGGACCUGGAUGAGAACAAUUUGUACCCUUUCGUGCAUCUUUCCACAGAUGGAAACCUCUUCAUCUUUGCCAACAAUCGCUCGUUGCUCCUAAACCCUACUAGCCACAAAAUCGUGCGCACCUUCCCAGUCUUGCCCGGUGGCUCCCGAAACUACCCUGCCUCCGGUAUGUCAGCCCUCCUCCCCAUCGACCUAAACGACCUCAAUAUGAAGGCCGAGGUCAUUGUUUGCGGCGGCAACACCCCUGAGGCAUUCCAUCUCGCUGAUACGGUCAAAAUCUUCCUCCCAGCUCUUCAAGAUUGCAAUAGGUUGGUGAUCACAGAGACUUUUCCUAAGUGGGAGUAUGAGUUAAUGCCUUCAAUGAGAACAAUGGGAGACCUUUUGACCCUUCCCAAUGGACAACUCCUAUUCAUCAAUGGUGCAACCAUGGGUACCUCUGCAUGGUGGGAUGCCGACAAGCCUAACUACACACCCGUCUUGUACAAACCCAACAACCCUAAAGGGACUAGGUUCACGGUCCUUAAAGCAAGCCAAAUCGCGAGAAUGUACCACUCCACUUCCACCGUGCUUCCUAGUGGCAAGGUUUGGGUUUCUGGUAGCAACACUCACAACACGUACAAGGACAAAGUUAAGUUCCCAACCGAGACUAGAGUCGAGGCUUUCUCUCCUCCUUAUUUGGAUGCCAAUUUUGACCAGUACAGGCCACAGAUCAACGAGGAGGCUUCGGAGAAAGAGUUGGUGUACGGUGGUUUCUUUGAGACGAGGUUUUUGGUCCAAGAUGGAGCUCAGUUGGCCAAGAGUGACAUUAAGGUCUCCAUGUUUUCUCCUCCAUUUACCACUCAUGGAUUCUCUAUGGGACAAAGGCUUUUGUUUCUUAAGGUUGAUGAGUUAAUCGUGGAAACUGAAGGGUCUUAUAAGGUUAGGUCGGAAGCACCUCCAUCCGGUGAGAUUGCUCCUCCUGGCUACUACUUGCUCUUUGUUGUUCAUCGUGGCUUGCCUGGCAAGGGAAUGUGGGUGCACAUCCAAUAGAGGGAAUUUCAUAUUAAUCUUCAAAUUUGUCAUUUAAUUUGUUAAUUCGAUCAAGUGAAGGAGAAAUAUAUAAAAG